CACUAGUAUACACGUCUGUAAUGUAUACAAUUUUGUGUACUAUGGCCUUAAGUCUAGUUAUAUAUAGAGCCUAUAGUCACUCUUCUCGACAAUAGACUGGAAUCAGACAAAGAAGAAUCCACGUGGCUCGAGCACUAAUCUAACGAAAUUAAAUCUAAUAGACUCGAAGUUACAAAUAAAAGUUGUAUUACCAUGGACCUAAAACCAAAGGAAGACGUGAAAUCCGAGGAAUGGAAGUCAAACAAGGAACUUUACCCGACUUGGCAUAAAGUUGGAAAAGUGAGAGCCAUGUACUUGUAUCCGCUGUUAAAAGGUUCUCCGGAGAGUGUUGAUACAUGCUGUAUUUAUCGCAAUCAACUAUGUGGAUAUCUUAACAAAACUUCAGUACUAAAUGAAAUGUUUGUAGUGUACGAUGAAGUGUCCAGAGCAAUUUGUACGGCGAAUGAAGUACACGAGUUGAACACGUUUACAGUCUUGAUCAUGGAUCACAGUGUAAUAGCACUGAGAGUACAUUCAAAUUCCAUAGCCCUAAUUCUACCUAAGAUCGUGGCUAAUGGAAAUGUUAAAACGUUGGUGACGUCAUUCUAUAAUAAAUUUAUAGUUUUUGUAAGUGUCUUAGAUUGCGGCGACGUAGUAGCCAACUGGCUUAGAAGAAACACCAAUAACAAUCGUUUACGCUUGGGAUUUAUACAUGAUCUAGGACCGCAAAAGUUUGAAAAAGCUAAGGAGGACUUUGAGGGACGCAACUUGUUUAAGAGCGAUUCCAGGGAGUUUAUGAUGCUUUUCGAACGUGUUCCGUCUGUAAGGUUAGUAACGUGCGAAACGUUUGACGAAAUAGUCCAUUCAUGCUCAUACGAGCAGUUACAACAAUUAAAUCCGAAUAUUAUUAUUUCGUCGAUUGGUCAAAAACCAUUCAAUGAGAAAAAGUGGAAGAAAAUUAAAAUCGGUAAUCACGUGGUCGUCAAUAAUGUCUAUAAUAUCAACUUGGAAGACAGUCCGACAUCGCAAAUCAAUUUGAAAGACAUGCCCAUAGAUUUGCAAUGGGAAAUGUUAUUAUUGCAUUGCGAAGUAGUGUGCUCAGGAGUUGUGGAAGAAGACGAUGAAGUAUUCGCCCUUUAUGAUAGUGGAGAUGAUGAAGAAGUUGAUAGUUAGAAAAUUUCUUCCAGAUGUUUUUUUUAUUUUACAUUUUGAUUUCCCGAAUUUGUAAAUCUGUCAUAGAUUAACGAUCUUCAUUGCACCCGGCGUAAACAAUAAUCGAAAUGACCUUAUUACAAAUUAAAAUCUCCAAGGCAUAAAAGAACUUUCAUUUACCGUGUUGAUAUUCAAAGAUAAGUCGUUCGCUUACAUAUCCGCUUCUUCGUGAGAUAUGAACAAUAUGCUCAGAAAUAAAUAGAAAGCAUAAUAAAUCAGGUAAACAUGUAGUUCGACCUAUUGCUUGCGUCCGUUACACGAGAUUUGCGUAGCAGGUAACAUUUCACGGGUGUCAACCGUGAAAUGUGAAUAAAUACAAAUCGUUGCGAUGGAAGCGAUUGGUCCGAUCAUGGAUCAAUUGCUUCUUCAGUUUGUUCUAAAAAUUUGGUCGAUCAAAGAGAGUAUAAAUCGUAAGAUCGCAAAGAAUCCACGUUCAAUAAAUUAAGAAACGGCGUCGUCAAUAGAAUAUGGCAACUAAUAUUUCAUAAGAAAGUGCGUGAACAAAGCAGCCCAGGUAGCAAAACUUAUGACACAUCUUAAGGUAAUUUUAUCGUUAAAUAUUGUAUUUUCAAUGACGCAUUAAAAGAAGCACUAAUUUGUUAAACAAAAUUAUUUAUCAAACUUAUUUAUUUCUUAAACAAAAUUACACUUGUUCCUAUAAGUUUAUUUCUCUGUUAAGUGUUAAUUAAAACAAAAAAUAUUAAAACAAAAAAUUGAAAUAAAUAUAUAUACACACAAUGUUAUAAAAAAUAUAUACACACAAUGUUAUAAAAAAAACAAUGUUACGAAAAAAAACAGUUAUUUUUUUAUAUCCCUGAUGGGUGUUGUAUUUGUGUAUUUUAUUUAAUAUACAGAAAGAACGAUUUGGAUGAAUCAAAUAAACGCUUCUUUGGAAUAGUCCAAACGAAUUUUUCGAUUGAUCAAACAAAAUUUUGUUUGAAGCAACAAAAAUAUUUAUUUGCGGCUUAGUACCAAAGAAAUAUUUUUCUUGUGUCAACCAAAUAAUUCGUUUGGACUAUUCCAAAGAAACAUUUAUUUGAAUCAAUAAAUCGUUCUUUCUGUGUAGUUUAUCUAAUAGAGAUAUAUACAAACUAUAAAAAGGGAGUUAGAUUAGUAUUUAAAUAUGUGUAUAUACAGAAUGUCUGAUGAUACAUAUACAACUCUCGUAUACGUGUAGAUUAAAUCAAACUGAAUAAAAAAUUCCUCUAGUA